AUGCAACUAGCCAUGCUGUUUGGCGCAGAGGUUGCCACCAUCAUCCCCCAUGAAAAGUACAAGCACCUCCCUGAGAAGUGUGGUGUUUCCCCUGACAACAUAUUCGUUGUUCCCGAGGCACAAAUGGACCUUGACAGGGAGAAUGUGAUGAGAAAUGAGCCCUACAGUGUUAUACUGGAUCCAGUCCACCACCACGCAAUUGACUGUCCAACGGUACUGGUCUCCGGUGGUAAGUACAUUGGAAUUGGGCGCAAGAGAUCUUUCAAAAGCGUGAUGGAUGGAAUGACUUACCCGGGCAAUAUCACUUUCACCAAUGUCGACAUCCUAGAUUUAUACCGAGAUAACAAGAGGCGCAUCGGAAGAAUCCUGGGCCAGAUAAUGGGCUACAUAGAUGGCGAUGGGCUGAAGGGAAUCAUUCCUUUGGCCAUAAGAGAGGUGCAAGAUUUCAAGUCUGCUUUCUCGGCCAUGGCAGACGGCUCCUAUGAAAAGCAAGUCAUCAAGCUCAGCUCCAGCAACAGUCAUUCCAUGGUGAAGACCCAGCAGAAACCCCUCCGUCUAAGCCAGGACAAAACAUAUAUCAUUACUGGAGGCCUUGGGGGCCUAGGCCGCGCGAUUGCAGUGUGGCUUGCAAGCAACGGAGCCGGAAGGCUUGUGCUAUUGACAAGCUCCCCUACCCGGGCUGCUGGUGCCAAUGAUCUGUUGCAAGAAUUAACUGCAUAUGGAUGCAAGGCAACAGUAGCGCGAUGUGAUGUCGCCGAGUUUUCAGAUGUUAGCAGAGUUAUUGCUUCUAUUGAGACCCCUGUCGGCGGUGUUAUUCACUCCGCGCUUAGACUGAGCGAUCGAUCCUUUACCAACAUGACCUUGGAUGACUUCAAGACCGUGCUUGACCCAAAGCUGCAAGGCUGUAUGAAUCUGCACAAAACACUGCGAAACGAAAACCUGGACUUUUUUGUGAUGCUGAGCUCUGGGUGUGGCAUUGUGGGAAGCCCUGGCCAGGCAGCCUAUUCAGCAAGCAGUACCUUUCUGGAUAGCUUCGCCAGAUACCGGCAUCACCUUGGCCUCCCUGCCGCAUCGAUCGACUUGGGAUACCUGGAGGAAAUUGGUUAUGUGAGCGAAAACCCCACUGUCCAGUCAAGGCUGUUAGCGACUGGAGUGAACCCAGUUUCACCAAAGGAGGUGCUCGACAUUUUAGAGGCUGCGAUUGUGUCACGGCCUCGUACGCGUGGUGGUCCGAGUGGAAUCCUGCAAUACGAUCCAUACACAGACAGUCAAUUCAUCAUUGGCAUUACCUUGAUCGAUAAGGCAAUGGAAUCUAGCCAGACAUGGGCGAAAGACAAGAAGUUCAACAGUCUGCGGUCAAUGCACACUCGGAUAGGGUCAUCCAGCGCAGUCCCAGAUGAAGGGGAAAGUCCCAUCCAGAAGGCGACCAAGAGGUAUCAAGAUGCCAUACGUCGGCACGGUGAACUCCAUCCUGGUAAUGAUGAAUCUGCUUUGCAGCCUCUCAUUUGCUCGAUGCUUAUGGCCAAGAUGGCCCAGGUGCUAUCGAUCGACACCAGUGAGAUUCGGCCUACGCAGUCGGCUGUGGAAUACGGGAUUGAUUCGCUCAUGGCCAUUGAAGUCAGGUCUUGGACAAGAACGACUCUCUCCGUUGACCUUCCUGUCAAUGAACUGAUGAGUCCAUAUAGUAUUCAAGAUCUGGCUGGAAGGAUUGCUCAGAAGCUCUUUAAAUAA